AUGAGCAGCAGCACCACCGGCAACGACAAGGACUUCCGCGAGCAGCUGGGCAAGUUUCGCUUGGACAACAUCGCCAGUUCGCUUCCGCGUCCCCCUCCCCCUCCCUCUGCCAGUCCGGCCAAUCCUCUUCCCCCGUCCUCCCACCCGCUGGCUGACCAACAACCGCUUCCCGAAUUGGUCCGUGGUAGCAGCAGCCUCAUUCCCGAUCCUCCUGCGAAUACCACCACCACUACACAGAAUGUCCCGAUUACUUCUUACCACCAGAGCCCGUCCUCGUCCGUGUCCGCCGCGUCGGUAGCCCGCAGCAAACGCGUCUCAACCGCCUGCGAUUUCUGUCGCAAACGAAAGAAGAAAUGCGACUUUCGUUACCCGAACUGCUCAGCCUGUACCCGGGCUGGUGUCCGUUGCACCAUUCCCCCUCCCGGUCCCCAGGUCGCCAAUGCGUCCGUGCCCCGCGAUCAGCUGGAGAACCUGCAGAAACGCGUGCAAUGGCUGGAGGACAUCGUGCGCCGCAAGACGGGUAUCACCGCCGCGGAACUGGCCACCGGCAGCUCUGUGGAUGGUGAGGGGGAUCCCGACUGGUGGUACCAGGUGCCUGCCAUGGUGGCCACGGGGGAUACGCGACCUGCGACCGCGGGGGCGUCCGUGUCGAGUCCGUCUACAACACAUACACCCAGUGCAGCCGAGGGGUCGUCGACAGGAGGGCCAACGGUGUCGGAGUCGCUUGGUACGGGGCUGCCCAACGUGGGUGAGAUCUUUCGCGACCAGCUGGAGCACCGACGGCCAUCAGUCGCGCGGCCUCUGGCGUCCUCCCCGCGGGUGCUCAAGCUCCCCUCGUUGGAGGAAGCAGAAAAGGUGGCGGGUAACUACUUUGAUAGCAUGGGAUACCAGUAUCCGUUUCUGCAUCGUGUGGAAUUUCUGAGCCAGUUGCGACGGCUCUACAGCGGCGAGGUGCCGUCGCCAGAGUUUCACUACUCAUAUCACAUUACGAUCGCGAUCGCGCUGUUGAUCAAGUCUGCAGACGAUACGCAGACGGCCGAAUUUUAUCGGGCCAGCCAGGAAACGCUGCCGUUGGCGUUGCAGAACGAAGAUCUACCUGCUGUGCGAGCGUUGUUGAGCCUUGCGCUGUACACCCUGUUUGCGACCACGGGACCAAGUGUUUGGCAUGUGUUGGGAAGCACAAUGCGUUUGGCCACGAGCUUGGGAUUACACAAGGCACGUCCGUCGGCUAAUGUGGUGGAAGAAGAAAUGUCAAAGCGGGCGUUCUGGAGCUUGUACAAUCUCGAUCGUCUUAUUGCAGUCACUCUGGGUCGACCUUUGGGCAUCGCAGACGAGGACAUUACCGUUGAUCUCCCUCGCGAAUUCAAUGAUGACUGGACGGAGGCCCCUGGGGCCAGUGCGAUGACGAUUCCGCUGCAGGUGGUGCGACUGCGACGGAUAUUCUCGCGCAUUUAUCGCUAUUUGUACAACAAUCAACCCCCUCCAUCGACGCACGAAGUUAUCAUGACCCUGAGCCAUUUUCGUCAUGAGGUGGAUGAAUGGCGAAUGCAAGCACCAGUCUACCCCACGGCCCUUUUAUACUCGACCAGCUACUACGAUUACCUAUACUACACGACCCUGCUGUUGAUGUAUCGACCCAGCCCGCGCAAUCCAACGUCCGACGCAACGAGUAUCAUCAGCUGCGGCGAUUCGAGCAUACAAGUGAUCCGGUCAUACUGGGAUAGCUAUUCGGUGGGCAAGAUCAAGUGGAUCUGGUUGACGCUGAGCCAGCUCUACUUUGCGGGAAUUACCAUUCUGUGGGGCCUCGAGCAGAACUCGCGCGCGUUCCGACAAGGCCAACCGCCGUUAUGGCAGCCAGAUGAGCAGAUGAUGCGUCGCGCAAUUCAAGCGGUGAUUGUUUUGCUCGAGCAAUUUGGCAAGCGACGGCCUGGAGUAGACAGAUUGGCGGAGACGUUUCGACACCAGAGCACGAUGAUUUUCAGCCAGAUUGCGUAUCAGCAACAGCAGCAGCAGGUACAACAACACCAGCAACAACAGGCGGUGCAGCAGCAACAUUACCAACUACAAGCAGCACCAACGCCUCCGCCGCCACGGUUGACCGUACCAUUAGCACCACCGCCAUCGACAGUGCCGUUAGCACCGGUACUGGAUGAUGUACUCUUGGUGGAUGGAACAGGGAAUACCGUAAUUGAUCCGCAACUGGCAGAGCAGUUGUUUUAUUCGUAUGAUUGGUUUCAGGAGGAGAUGGCGACGUACUACACUUUGUAA